UUCCACCAGAGUUGGGGGCGCGGGUUUGGAAAUUAGGUUGUAAGACUUGAAAACAGCCGCUGCUUGGAGCGUAGUUUCCAGUUCUGCGUCUGUUUAGCCAUGGAUUCAAUUACUACGGCGCUUCCCUUAGUUUUCUUUUCAAAUUGAGUGGCAUGGUCUUUCGGGACUUCCCGAGCUCCCUGGUGGAUCAAAGCCGGGUGCGGUGGAGGCGAGGAAACAGCUUUUAAUUUAGCUGAAACUCGGGGAAACCAUGGACUGUCCUCGCAUUUUCGAAUUUAACUCGGCGGGAUCGGCGCGAUUUCCCUGAGCACCUGAAGGUCCCGGCACUUUGUGGGUUGCUAUUCAUUUUGAAGAUACUGCUCACUGUAAUUGGAGAGGAAAAAGACAUUUCUCUUGGAGAACUCAAGAGGGGGGAAAAAUGUCUAUUUUUCCUAAAAUAUCUUUGAGGCCUGAGGUUGAAAACUAUCUUAAAGAGAACUUUAUGAAUGAGGAGGCAUGUUUGCUACUCUGCCAGUCUCUUUUGGAUGAUAUCUGUUUGUUACAUGUAAUACUACAUUAAAAAGCCGAUACCUUGGAGAAUCUUUGAAUGACAGUUUUAGCUGUUUCAAGUAAACAAGAUGCACAAGGAAAAUUUGAAGCUCUGUUAAAUCAUCUGUCACAUCCUCCAUCAUUCACAACUGUCAGAGUAAAUACACAUUUAGCUUCAGUGCAACAUGUGAAAAAUCUGUUAGUAGAUGAACUUAAAAAGCAGUUUAAUGGAUUAAUUGUUCCUGUUCUUCAACAUCCAGACCUUCAGGAUGUCUUACUUAUUCCUGUUAUUGGACCUAGAAAGAAUAUAAAAAGACAGCAGUAUGAAGCCAUUGUUGGAGCCCAGUGUGGUAAUGCAGUAUUAAGAGGAGCUCAUGUCUAUGUUCCAGGAAUCCUGUCAGCUUCAAAAUUUAUGAAAGCUGGAGAUGUUAUUUCUGUAUACUCUGAUAUCAAAGGAAGAUGUAAGAAAGGAGCCAAAGAAUUUGAUGGAACAAAAGUAUUUCUUGGAAAUGGGAUUUCGGAACUAAGCCGCAAAGAAAUCUUUAGUGGGCUACCUGAAAUGAAAGGUAUAGGCAUAAGAAUGACAGAACCAAUAUAUCUCAGCCCUUCAUUUGACAAUGUACUGUCCAGCUACUUAUUUUUACAGAAUUUGCCAUCUGCUGUAGUAACUCAUGUUCUGAAUCCUCAACCUGGAGAGAAGAUUCUAGAUUUGUGUGCAGCACCUGGAGGCAAAACAACGCAUAUUGCAGCACUAAUGCAUGAUCAGGGAGAAGUAAUAGCACUGGAUAAAAUACCCAACAAAAUAGAAAAAAUAAAGCAGAAUGCUUUAUUACUUGGAUUAAACUCCAUCAAGGCAUAUUGCUUUGAUGGAACAAAGGCACUUAAAUUUGAUAUGAUUAAGGACACAGAAGGGGCACCUCCAUUCUUACCAGAAUCUUUUGACCGAAUUCUCCUUGAUGCACCCUGUAGUGGAAUGGGACAGAGACCAAACAUGGCUUGUACUUGGACUUUGAAGGAAGUAACAUCAUAUCAACCACUACAGCGAAAACUCUUUUCUGUGGCAGUUCAGUUGCUGAAGCCAGGCGGUGUGCUAGUUUAUAGCACAUGCACUAUAACACUGGCAGAAAAUGAAGAACAAGUUGCCUGGGCCCUCGCAACGUAUCCUUGCCUUCAACUUCAGUCCCAGAAACCACAGAUUGGAGGAGAAGGAAUGGUGGGAGCUGGCCUGUCAUUUGAACAAUUGAAACAGCUGCAGCGAUUUGAUCCAUCUGUUGUGCCAUUACAGGACACUGACAUUGAUUCUCUCAGAGAUGCCCGAAUAGAGGACAUGAUUUGGCUGGCAAAUAAGGAUUGUAUAGGUUUUUUUAUUGCAAAAUUUCAAAAAUGCAAAAGCACGUUGGAAAAUGAUCCUCAGAAGUGAAAAUGCCAAACAUUUGCUGCUGUUGGUGGUUUUUCCCUCCCUUAAAUUGUUGUCAAGUGAAUGGCCUGGUUGCUAUGGUAACAGAAAGCUGCCAGCAGUUUAACCAGGGAUCUGAGAGAAUGUGUGUGUUGGGGGAGGUGGGGGGACUGAAUUAUAUUCUGGGUUUAUGAAAGAAUUUUUUCUUUUUGGAUUCAGUAGAGUGUAAAUAAAAGGCGCUAUGGA